AGACGGCCGAGAAGAUUAUGCGGGACGAGCGCGACAUAUUGCCGCCAGGAGACCAGCACUCGCAGCAGCAGCACCACCACCACCACCAGCACAACAGCAACCACCACCACCAUCCGAACAAGCGAGCGCGGUUCAACGAUGGCGGCAGAUACGGAAAUGACAGCCAUCACGGUGCGUCGUCGCGCCGGUGGGACAAAAACUCGCAGUUCCGCCUGCGCAAGCUGGGCAUCCACGUCUCCGCCGUGCCGUACGGCAUGACGCGGGCCCGGGAGAACAAGACCAGCUGGAAUAAGCGCACGCGCACGAUGAACUGGCAGGUCGAGUGGUUCGUGCACGAACACGACGACGGACCCAGUAAUGAUGCCGCCCCGAACAGGGACGACGACGAGGCCCGCGAGUCGGCCGAGGCGACGCAGAGGAGGGGGCAGCGGCGACAACCGACGAGGAUUCUCUACAAGAUCCUCGACGAGACACCACUUGCGCACGGGUUCGAAGCCGGCCUCGCCUCUUUUCGGCACACGCAGAUGACGGACGAGGAGCGUGCGGCCGAGAAGUCGUCGAAGAAGCAGCAGCAGAAGGAAGAGACGAGCGCAGGGCGAGCUGCCAAGACAGCAGCACCGCAGACCCAGCACUGCGGUGGUGGGCAGAACUCGUCCUCAUCCGCCUGGACAGCGCACUCGGCUACAGUCCAGUCGCCAGCCUCGAGUGCCUGGCAGCAAGCUGCAAUCCCUGCCUCGACCACCACUGCCACUACCAAGGAGGCUGCCGUCGAAAGCAACUACCAGUUCUUCUACCACAAACCCCGGGUGCCCUCGCGGCAGACGCAGAAGCUCGUGCCCUUGAAUCCGGCCGAUAGCCUCGCCAAGAUCCUGCCCGGCCUCGAAAUCAUCGAGUUCCCCGCCAUUCACGUGUUACCGAAAGGCGCACCGCUCCCGGAGGGGUAUUCCAUCGACGAGGCCCCCAAGCACCGCGAGAUGCCUGUGCGGCCACGGCAAGGCGAGCAGCACCACAGGAAGAACGAGAAUGGGAAGAGAUCGGCCGGAGAGCUGAUCGGAUACGAGUCCAGUGACAAUGAUGCGGAGGAGGAGGAGGAGGGCGAAGAAGACGAUGGACCGGAGGAGGCUGGUGUCAAAGAAGCGGCGGCUGUGGGAGCAGGUGACGUCGAUCCGGCCGACACUACUAGUAGUGAGGGGUCUUCGGAUGAUGAUGGUGAUGAUGAUAGUGAUGCGGAGUCGGACAUGGAUAUGGCAGAGGCUUGAAAUGUGUGAGAGUGUUGGAAACAGCCGCCGAUUUGGAGAUGGGGCAUGUACGAGCGCGAUUGUAAGGAUGAUUUGUCACAGGAUACCCAGGAGCGAAUGAUUCGAAAAUCUCCAAGCCACGCGAGCAUACUGAGAUGGGGAGGCAAAUUCGACUAAUGUUGCGAGGCUCUCGUGGCGGUAGUGUUUGUGCUGAAGCGUAAAGGUACAAACGUGUUAAGCUGAAAACGCACAAUUGCAGACAUGUGGCGCGU